AUGAUUGCAUCAGCGAAUCCAAAAGAGAAAUCUUUUGGAUACAAAACGCAAAACCCAUUUAACUUAUGGAGACACAGCCUAAAAUCAAUGAUAAGCGUCGUUCCGGAAAUUUUCGAUUCAAGUGAUUUCAAAACAGAUCUUUCGACGGGUAUUGUAGCAGUUUCAUUAUACAACCUUGAAAAGAACAUGGUUUUGUCCGGUUUAGAGCUAUCUUCACGUCAUUAUUGUUGGAAUGAUUUAAAAAACAAGGAUCCAGCCUCAAUAUCAGAUAUUGUAUCAUACCAAAUCUGUCACAAUAUACUACGUUACGGUAUAGAAUCAGUUAUUAGACUUUCAGAUCCUUCCCCCACAAGAAUUUCAGCUCAAUUCAAAGAACUAAGCAACAUACCGAAGAGUAAGCGAUGUCUUUUUAUUUACAUUGGUCAUGGUUCUCCAAAACCAAUAUCAGAAGCAGGAAUCGCUUUAACUCCAGAUGAAACGACUGGAGCGGAAACAAUCACAGGAAAGCAAUUACUAGAGUCUAUGCCGAUACCUUCAUGCUUUAUCUUCGAUUCGGACUACUCUGGCCUCUUAUUUAAUGAAAUUUCAGAUCCAAAUUCAAAAUCUGAUCGAUUUGCAUUCUUUUCAUGCGGUCCAACAGAAAAAGUUCCUCAUAAGAUUGGUCUCCCUUCAGAUUUAUUCACUUCUUGCCUUCUUACACCAGCAAAUGUUGCAAUUUUAUGGGGAUCAAGACAAUUUUACUAUUUUAUGACAGGAGGAGCUCACGAAUUCCAUCUAAGUUAUUUCAACGAAGAAAAUGGCGUAAAACCACAUCUUUUAGCCUUUACAUACGAAAUCGAAAGAUUAUUAACAGUAUUAGUCAGAGCAAUGGCUUAUUCAGUUAUGCCUGUAGAUAUGUUAUACAAUUGCUUCUACAGAGAUCCGAAAAUCGGCCAAAUUUUUAUUAAUUUCUGUUUAUACAAAAGAAUUAGUCGAGAUAUUGGCAUAAACCCUCUCUGCUAUCCGGAAAUCCCUAAUUUCUCAGAUCACCAGCUCUGGGAGUUCUUUGAUUUGUACCUAGACCGAGUUUUGCUUCGUUUGGUCCAACUUGAAAAUAACCCCUCAAUUUCGAAAGCGACCAUUCCCACUGAUUUCUCAUCGUUUUCGAAUGACGCGAUAACUGCAAUCGAACAUAUCCUGAAAUUACAUGUUUUUGACUCAGUUCCAAAUGAAAUUUCCUUAUUACCAAUAAUUCUAUCCGAAACGUCACUCCAAUUGCGCGGUAUGAUGGCGAUAUGCAAUUAUAUCGACCUCGGAGAGAUGGCAAUUCGCUCAUUAAUUUGUUAUGGAAUUAUGCCUGUGAUUAUGUCACUUCCUUAUAGAGAGAAUCCCGAUCUGAUACUUCCUGUUGCAUAUUGUGCAGCAAAAAUGCAAUGUUACUCAUUGAUUGGUGACAUAAUUUUGAGAUCUUUUACUUGUUCAGCUCUUCCACUCAGAUCUGUACUAUUUGAAGCAGCCAAAAAGACAUGA